AUGAGUCUCGAGACCACCGCGUACCUGCAGCGCCUCAGCGAGAAGCCGGAGCGCACUCGCAACUUCUGCAUGGUAGCGCAUGUGGAUCAUGGCAAGACAACAAUGAGCGACUACCUUGUCGCAAGUAACGGCAUCCUUUCACCACAGCUUGCCGGCGAGGUUCGCCUGCUUGACUCCCGCCCUGACGAACAGGAGCGGUGUAUCACGAUGAAGGCUAGUUCCAUUGCGUUGCGCCACAUACACAACGGAUCGGAGCACCUAUUAAAUCUUGUGGACUCCCCUGGGCACAUUGAUUUUUCGUGCGAAGUCUCCACGGCGAUGCGGCUGUGCGAUGGCGCCGUCGUCAUUGUUGAUGUGGUGGAUGGCGUCACGCAGCAGACGAGUGGCAUUCUGCGGCACGCGUAUCGUGAGGGUCUUUCCAUGUGUCUUGUGCUCAACAAGGUAGAUCUGCUCAUCGCCGUCCAGCAGCUGACACCGGAGGAGGCGUAUUAUCGCAUGCGCUCCAUUAUUGAAACAUGCAACGCCGCUCUUGCCGGCUUCGCUAAUCAGCUCAGGAUUCAGGAGGACGAGUGCGUCGCGCUGCAAGAUCGUGGUGACCCCAGCGACGACGUGUGGUUUUGCCCAACGAAGGGUAACGUGCUCUUUUGCAGCUGCUACGACGGUUGGGCCUUCGGUACUGCCUUUUUUGCCCAGCUCUACGAGAGCCGGCUUGGCAUUCCCCACCUGCAGGCGUGUCUGUGGGGCGACCACUACCUUGACGCCAAGACAAAGACAGUCCACACAACCCCGCGACGGGCGGGACAGCAGCCAUUGGCAGUGCAGCUAAUGUUGGAACCUGUUUGGAAGUUGUACUCAACCUUUAUUGAGGAGAACGAUAACAAGGAGCAGCAGCUUAAUAUGGCUGCAAAGCUAGGCGUUCCGGAAAAGGUGUGGAAUAAUCCCCGACGUGACGACAGAGGAAAGCUAAAGGCGCUGUUGUCGGCGUGGCUUCCGCUCGCCAAGUGUGUACUUAGCACUAUAAUCGAAAAGCUUGACUCUCCCGUCGUGGCGCAGCAGCGUCGUCUGCGGUACCUUAUUCCACGCCUGGAUGACGCGCCAGCUGCUGCGCGUGAGGCGUUGAUGGCGUGCUCAUCGGCCCCAGACGCCCCAUGUAUUGUGUACGUAUGCAAGCUCAUCGACACUCAGUUUCUUGUGGGCACAACCAUUGGGCAGGAGGGUUGUAGCGAUGAUGCGUUUAUUGGCUUUGCCCGUGUUUACAGUGGCCGCCUUCAACCUGGUCAGACGGUGUACGUUCACUCUGAAGACAAGAUUGUGGAGGCGGCAGUGCGCAAGGUGUUUCUCUUCCGCGGCACGGGCUUAGACGAGGCGGCGGAAGUGUGCAGUGGAACGCUCUGCGGCAUUGGUGGCCUCACACCAUACAUCAACAAGUACGCCACUCUUUCCUCGCUGGAGGGAGUACCGCCGUUCCAGCCGCUUGUGUUGCCGAGCACGUCAAUUGUGCGUGCGUCUGUAUUUCCAAAGGAUCCGAAGGACCUCUUUCCGCUGGUGCAGGGGCUGCGGCUGCUGUACAAGGUGGACCCGCAGGUGGAGGUAAGCAUCCUCCCCACCGGCGAGCACGUGAUCGGAACUGCCGGUGAAGUUCACUUGGAGCGCUGCCUGAGGGACCUCAUUGACACCUUCGCCCGCGUGGAGGUGGUAGCGUCUGAACCACUUGUGUCGUUCCGUGAAACGAUUGUGGCAGCGGGUGCCAACGCGAAGCCAAAGCUGCACACCGCCUCCACACUGGAUGGUGCAUUUUCUAUCACACUUCACGCCCGCUGCCUCCCGCCGGAGGUGUACGAAGUGCUGAAGGUUGACAACAGGAAUCACGGAUCCAAUACACAGGUGUGCCGGCAGGUGGAGACGGCUCUAAGGGUGAACAAACGUUGGGCGGCAGAGAUGCAGCAUAGCAUCGUUGCCUGUGGCCCUACAAAGCUCGGGUUCCUUGGUGUGGUGCUUCUGCUACACUUUGGCGAUGAGGCUACUGCGUCCGAGAAGGUGCAACUCUUUAACAGUUGGAAGGACUCCAUCACGGCCGGCUUCCAGGCUGCCGCGGAGAGUGGCCCGAUGGCGCAGGAGCCGCUGUUCAACACGGCGUUUGUCAUAACAGACCUCGUCAUUGACACCUCCACCGGCUUAACGGGUGGAAUGGUGUUGCCAUGCGUUCGCGAUGCCUGUCGUGCGGCGAUGGAGCUCCACCCGCGGCGUCUUGUGGAGCCUGUGUAUGAGUGCACCGUCUACGCUUCCGGUGCGACACAGGGGAGGAUCUAUAGCUCCCUCAGUCGCCGCCGCUCGGAGAUCAUCGAGGAGGUGCCAAAUGAGGGCAGUGACCUCUUCUACAUUCGUUGUUUCCUGCCAGCCGUUGAGGCGUUUGGGUUGCAAGAUGAGUUGCGCGUGGCAACGCAAGGCGCAUCAACGGCACAGCUGCAGAUGAGCCACUGGAGUGUGGUGGACGCUGAUCCGUACUUUGCUCCAACGACGAAGGAGGAGAUUGAGGAGCACGGCACAGAGAUGGCGACGAAAAACAUCGCGGAGCAGCUGCUCGAGCGUAUUCGUCGCCGCAAGGGUCUUCACCGUGAGCGGGUUGUGGAGAGCGCGGAAAAACAGAAGUUCUCUCUCAAGGGGGCGUAG